UGAAAAUCCCCUCGAGUCGCCAACAAACCUGACCUUUUCCACACUCACCCUAAUCCUCAUCCUUCUCCUUCUAGCGCACCACUUCCCCGAACCAUCUUGCCUUUUCCUUUCUUCUUGUUUCCCCGUUCCUUUCUUCUAUCCCGCGCGCGACUUACCUUCCAGUUCGAGCAGUCUUUCCCCUCUUCCUCCACACUGCGGACUCCAAAAUCUUGAACAGCUGGCUCUUGGGAGCCUUCAGCUUACGCCAAAGAGCUAGUCGCAAAGUCUCACCAUGUCCGAAUUCCUAGGUUCGCGCAUUUCGCUCAUAUCCAAGAGUGACAUCCGCUAUGUCGGUGUCCUACACGAGAUCAACUCGGAGGAGUCGACGGUGUCUUUGGAGAACGUAAAGUCCUUCGGCACCGAAGGUCGCAGGGGAAAGCCCGAGGAGGAGAUUGCUCCAUCCGACCAGGUCUACGAGUACAUUGUCUUCCGCGGCAGCGAUGUCAAAGACCUAAGAAUCGAACAGGCCCCGGCCACCAAAGAGAACCAGCCGCCUGCUGUUCCGGACGAUCCCGCCAUCGUAGGAGCCCGACCUCGCCCAGGUGGCGCACCCCCAAACGGACCUCCCGGCAUCCACCCCGCUGGACUUUCUGGCGGGCCUCCCAACAAUCACGCGCCCCCGCCUUUUGCUGGAAACCCCUACUAUGGAAAUUGGCCUAGGCAAGGUGGUCCCAUGGGACCUGGCGGCCCUGGUGGUCCCGGUGGCCCACCCGGCCCCGGCUUCAACGGGCUGCCAUACCCUCCUCCGCCUGGUUGGUUCCCUCCGGGACAGGGCUACCCUCAUCCUCCCGGACCAGGACCGUGGAACGCGUAUGGGUUCCCACCCCACGGUGGCCCGCCACCACCGGGUCCCAGCCCUGGUGGUCGCCCACCGCAAGGCGCGCCGCAACAGCAGCAAGAUCAGAAACCACCUCCGAUCGGGGCCAGGGUAGACAAGGGCAAGGCGCCCGCUUCGGAUGGCUCUGCUGCGCCAGCGGAGCUUGAGCAGCCGGCCCAGCCCCAAGCGGCGAAUUUCCCACCACCAACCCCGCCGGUGGACUCGAAGCCAUCGGCCGAGGAAGUCAAGGCGACCGCCGCAUCACUGGCACAGGCCGGUGCUACCUCUAAUCGAUCCAUCCCAACGGGGCCGAAAGUUACUCGUAUCACACCGGCAAUCCCACUUCCUACUGCGCUCACGCAAAAAACAAAUGCUCAGGCAUCGAUCGCUGUGACUGGAGUUGCGGUCAACGAUCUGCCCAACAACGCCGCCAACACACAGGCGGCAUUGCGCGAUGCAACACAAGCGGCACGUGCCGCGGUUGCUGUGGCUAUGGCCAAGCUCGAGGGUGGCGGCAAUGCGGCAGCAGCACCCGCUCAACAAUCCAACGGCAAUCCGAUGGACAACCUGACCAAGAAGGUCAACGAGAUGAGGGUCAAUGCCGGCAGAGGGAAUGGUGGCAACCGAGGUGGUCGCGGCCGCGGCCCCCGUCCAACCAAGGUUGAAGUCCCAGACUCUGAUUUCGAUUUUGCAACCUCGAAUGCAAAGUUCAACAAGAGCGAUCUCGUUAAGGAGGCAGUAUCUGGAUCUCCGCAGGGCGAGGCUCCCAACAAGUCCUUGAACGAGAUAGUAGAAAAGCCGGACGACGGCACGGUGGCGCCUCCCGCAUACAACAAGGCGUCUUCCUUCUUCGAUAACAUAUCGAGCGAAGCACGGGAUCGGGCCGAGAAUGGUGGCCAGAAGCCCGGUGGUCGUGAAUGGCGCGGGGAGGAGCAGCGCAAGAACAUGGAGACAUUCGGCCAGGGCAGCGUUGAUGGCGGCUAUCGCCAGGGCGGCUACCGCGGUCGUGGCCGUGGCCGCGGUGGUAUGCGGAACCGCGGCGGUGGCCGUGGACGUGGGUACCGUCGUGGCGGCGAUGGCCAGGCUUCCGCUCAGCAGUAGCCGAGGGCGAGCUCUUGCAUCCUCGCUGCUUCUGCUGUUACUUGGGUCUCUGUUCCACGAGCUCAUACACGGCUGUGGCUGAAUUACCGCGUCAUUCAUAUCUUGGUGACAAGAGGCAAACUUGCCUACUCACUAAAGUACUUCGAUAUCUCGCGCGAUAUAUCGGAUCUCCCCAGGCCUUAUCUUCACUCUCAAAUUCCAGCACACACUCACUCCACUUGUACAACUACAGCCCAGGCGUUGCUUUUUCUUCUAGCCUCGGCGGCCUCUUUAUUUUUCUUUUCUCAGCGAGUCGACGGGAGUUUGGGGUUGCGACAAGUCCCAGGGAAGCGGUUAUGAAAUUCGGCCAAGGGUGAGGGAAUGACGGCACGCCCCCGCCUUUGAGCAUGUUUAUGAGUUUUUUCCCCUUGCUCUCUUCUCUUUCUCACGGUCUCCUCCUUCCAUGGAACCUUUAUCGACGGGGGCCAGGAGCGGCGUUUUCUUUCUUCCAUCGUUGAGGGGGCACGGACCGGAACGGUGGGCAUGGUCGGGUGGUUAUUUGGGCGUAUGUCUUUCUCUCGCAUUUGCUUUCUUGUCUCCAUGUUCUAUGCUGGCACGAGCCAGCAGCAGCGUUUUGGGCUUCGCAAAGACGCACAUUCUCUUGGUAUGGAUGCCACGGCGUCAGAUAUGCGGGCAUGGAGAAAAGGAGUUGGACAAAUCAAUCAGAAAACUUCGUGGGGAGACUAGGUGGGAUCCCAGGCGGCGUGACACGGCUACCAACUUACUUGCCCUUGAAGACAGACACCUUGCUUGUCCCUGCU